GUUAUCGCACAUCUCUGGAACAAGCAUAGCGUUCCACUGGCCGGCCGAUUAGGACUUGCGGAGCAUAUACGCGAUAACUACUCUCACGGCCUCCGCAAACCUACGGAUGCAGCUCUACCGCCCUGCGGUUCCAAACCCCAUCCAGAACUCCAGACCUACGAUGGCUUCAGCUACCGCAAGUGCGUCUUCUUUACGACAAGCUUCCACGAGCUUACAAGGCACCUCUCUCAUAAGCACCUCAACGGGGAAACCGCGACCCGGCCGCGAAUUGGCCUACUCUACGACGACGUCUACCUACAGUCUUGGGCGGGCCGGCCUGUGUCACGAUCCUGCCUCCGGGGUCAACCGUCUGACAGGGCGCUGGGGUUGCUGCUGUGGAAGAUAGGUAAAGCCUUCGCAAUUCUCAUUUAA